AACAUUAAAAGCGCAGAGGAAAUAUCUCAAAAUAUAUUUUUGUAAUUCACGAUGUUUGAGACGCUGGUGAUGUAUAAAAUGAUCAAACAUCUCAUUUGAUUCGUAGCACGAAUGCAUUGUGUCUGCUAGAUUUCGGCGCUUCAGUCAGGCCAUAAUGCUGCUGGCUCAGAUUAACCAAGCAGCAGAUUUCCAGCAUGAUGGAGAUGCGCAGGAAGUCACUCUCUGUUUAACUGAGGCUGUAGGGGUUUCAGAUGGCAAUGAGAGCAUGGACACUGUCAGUUUGCAGGCUGUGAUGUUAGCGGAUGGCUCCACUGCGUAUAUACCUCACGACCCCCAAGACAGCAGUAUUAUUGAAGGACAGAUGAUCCAGUUGGAAGACGGUUCUUCUGCUUAUGUUCAACACAUUUCUGUUCCAAAAGCAGAUGAAUCAAAUAACUGGGCAGGCUCCUCACCCGUAUGUGAUGUUAUAAGUAACGAAAGUUUAAGACUGGAGGAUGGACAGGCUGUGCAGCUGGAGGAUGGAACUACUGCUUACAUCCAUCACACAGCAAAAGAAACGUAUGAACCCGGUACCCUGCAGGCGGUGCAGUUGGAAGACGGAUCCACUGCUUAUAUUCAGCAUGCAGUUCAGAUGUCGCAGCCCAACACCAUCCUGGCCAUCCAGACGAAUGGUACAGACCUGCACCCAGAUACAGUCAUUGAUCAGGAAACCAUCAGUGCUCUGGAGGAGUACACAAGCAAGAUGGAGGAAAUUGAGUCUUACACAAACUCUGAGCUGAUCACACAUGAUCCUAACAGUGUUGUGGAGAUGCAGAUUGUUCUUCAGGGUAAAGGAAUUCGUCGUAAUACGCAGCAGCCGGGUGAGAAAUUGUUUUGCUGUAACUAUGACGGAUGUGGAAAGCUUUACACCACAGCAAACCAUCUUAAGGUACACGAAAGAGUACAUACGGGUGACAAACCGUACUGCUGUGAUAUACCUGGGUGUGGAAAAAAGUUUGCAACAGGUUAUGGCUUGAAAAGUCACAUCAGGACACACACUGGAGAGAAACCAUACCGCUGUCAAGAGGCAAACUGUAAAAAAUCUUUCAAGACCUCAGGGGACCUGCAAAAACACACCAGAAUUCAUACAGGAGAAAGGCCAUUUCUGUGUCCUGUCCCGGGCUGUGGGCGAUCUUUCAGUACCUCAAACAUCUGUAAGGUUCACGUCCGCACACACACAGGAGAGAAGCCGUAUCAUUGCACAGAGCCGGGCUGCAAUCGGUCCUUUGCCAGUGCCACGAAUUACAAGAACCACAUUCGGAUCCAUACAGGAGAGAGGCCGUACGUAUGCACAGCCCCUGGAUGUGACAAGCGAUUUACAGAGUAUUCGAGUCUGUACAAACAUCACGUCGUGCACACUCUGUGUAAACCCUACAAGUGUAACCACUGUGGAAAAACAUACAAGCAGAUUUCAACGCUGCUCGUGCACAAACGCACCGUGCAUAUCGACACCGAGCCUAUAGAGGAGGAGUCCGAAGGCUAUUUUGAGCCCCCUGAAGAGGCUGUAGAUGACCCGUCCUUAAGCGCGAGCCCAGACAAGGGUGACGACUCCAGCUCAGAGAUGACAACAGAAAUCUCUGAUGGACAACAGCAUGUAACGCUCAUCACACAAGAUGGAACGACUCAGACCAUCGCAAACACGAUCACAAUGGUAACGCAAGAUGGCAGCCUGAUCACCAUCCCACCCACUGAGUCUUUGCUGUCAUCGGCAGAGGCUCAUUCAGUGACAAUGGUGUCAGAGGAUGGGACCGAAGGACAGAUGACUUUUAUGAUGUCCGAGUUAGCGUCUUGUUGCACACAAGAUGCUUUAUCAGCCCACCCAGUUACACUUUUGGCUACUUCUAAUGGCACCCAGAUUGCAGUUCAGCUGACUGAUCAGACCUCUUUGGAGGAGGCUCUCAGGAUAGCUUCAUCUUUACAAGAAGCAGAAACAAUAGGACUGGACGAUUGACCACCUCCAGACAGGACUCUGUAUUCUAAAAGACUGGUGAUCAAACGAUAAGCUUUUGUAUUUACUCUUUUGCCUCAGUGGCACUGGGGUUGAACUAUGCUCUGUGAAAUUAUUUCUUAUAGAUUUUCUUCACAUUGAUAUAGAUAUCUAAAAGGCUAAAACUUGUUUGCAUUUUUUAAAUAAAACGCACAAAA